GUGGUUGCUUUUGUAAAUGCUGGUAUCUGUCCGUUUAUACUGAAAUGCCGGCUACCGUCAUCCUCACGGGGCACUGCGCUGGAGUCGGCGUGCCAGCCCCGGGCAGGGAUUUACACAACGUAUUAACGGUACUUUCAGGAGUCUCUCUGCGGCAUGAAGGACUUCACACCGGGGCAUAGCGUCUUCUCCCGCAAUCAUGCGGUUAUUUCUCUCUGCAGCACUGUGCGCUGCAAUGUCAGUUGGGCUAAAUGAAUUAAAAGUCGGAUAUGGACACAAGCCCAAGGACCAUGAAGACGUAGAAAAAUAAUAGAAGCCUGAGGAAGCCGUUUCUACUGCUAAUGGCCAGUUUGAGCUACAUACUGCAGAGCUCAAUGGACGCAUCUCUGGGACAUUCCUCCUGAAUCCAUCAGACAGCUGCUGAUGUGCUGCUCAACUUUGUAGGACAGUCCUGCAAUAAGGGAACUUUAUUUUUUGCCGAAAAACUAUGCAUAACAGAACAGGUGAAUGUGCACCUGAUAAAAAAAGAGACUCAUCAGUAGAAGUCCUAUGCAACAGAACAGGAGCCACAACAAGAUAAGCUUUACAUAAGCUGGAUCUUUUGAUGACCUUUUAUAAUACUCUGAGGGGGUCAACGAGGGGAUCAAAGGGGAAGUGAACCAAGCUAUAGGGCUGUGUGUGCCGGGCAUUGCACACCCCUUGCCAUUCUGUCUCUGGAAUAAUACUCUGGUUUUUGAAUUUGCCUUGAACUCAUGAGGCCUGCGCUCGAUGCUGGAAUCAAUGAUCCUAAAGGAGCUGGACUGAGCUGUCCCUUUGAACCUCUGCAGGCUGUAGAUGCCUUACCAGCUUAUAACCAACAGAUCGUAACAUGCUGUGAUCAGCAGUACCAAGAACCGCAAAGCAGUAAAACAUAAAGUUUUUUGGCUGUUAUUAUUUGGGAGUGCAAAAUACUCUUACCUCAUCAUGCUUCUGAACUGUGAUCAACCGUUGCCUCUGCUGAGCCACACUGAUGUACCCCCUCGUGUUACGGAAAGCUUCAUCCUGACAGGCUACCGCUUCCCAAACUACAGACUGAGGGACUGCUUGUUGUCAGCAUUCAGGCCCACCAAUGAAACAGGCAACUUCUGGACACACUUCCUGCCCAUUUUUAUUUUUGCUUACUACUUUGUGGAGGUGUUUGGUUGGGAUGGUGCGCCUGAUGCCAAUGCCCCAUUCUUUUAUCCAAUGUGGAACUACUUUAUUGGGGUCUUUUUUUUGCUCAUGGCCAGCAGCAUGGCCCACCUAUUGAACUCAAUGUCUCUGGUUGUAAGGGAGGUUUGCUUCUUUGUUGAUUAUGGCACCAUCAGCGCCUACACAGUUGGCUCAUCACUGGCGUACUACUAUUACAUUCAUCCUCGGGCAGGGAUAGUGGAGAAAGGAGACCGGAACAGCUCCGAUUUGAACCUAAACCAUGAGCAUAAAGGGAUUAUAACAUCUUUCUUCAACCUGUUCUUUGACACCUACUACAUGCCCUGUGCAUGUAUUAUAGCAAUCAUAUGCAUCUUAUCCUGCUGCAACACUCGCCAGAGGUGGAGGGAGCAUCGGUACAUCAUACGGACCCUGGUUUUCCUACUGCCAUUCCUCAUCUCUUCUACACCUGUCUUUUACCGCGUCCUCACCAGAUCGCCUUACUCCACCACCUCAUCCUCCUUUGCUGCCUCCACCACCAUGCCCAGCUUCUUUUAUCGCCACUCUCUCUGGCUGCUUGUGUCGGCCCUGUUUAACAUCAGCAAGUUCCCCGAAAGGCUGGCCCCGGGAUGUUUUGACAUCUGGGGCCACAGCCACCAGUGGUUUCACUGCUGCACAUUUUUGUCCAUCCUUGACGAGCUUCACAUGAUCCAGGCUGAGGUGAGGGCCAUCCUGCUCAAUCCUGAUUUCCUCUUGCCCCCCACAACGCUCUCCCGCCUACCUGGACCUACCAUUGCUUCCACCUACGGACUGAUGCUCCUCCUCCAGACCACCAUUGUCUCAAUCAUCCUGUGUUUCUCCUGGCGUGCAAACUGUAUCUACGGCCCUCAGAGAGACCAACUAAAGAAGGAGCAUUCAAUGAAACACAUGAAAGUCACCUAAUCCAAGAGAAGUCUUUCUUUGUUAAUGUCAAAGAUUAUUUGCACAUGCCUACAAAGCCAUGCCUUAAUAAGACCUGCACAAGAAAACAAUAUUGCCCAUUUGAUUCCAUGUCUCUCAUAUAAUCUGAGCCCAUCUGGGCCCAUUAUGAAGCUUUCAUACGGAGAAACUGAGGACAGGAGGAGAUGAAAGGAUUAUUUCUGGGCUAACCACAGGGAAGCUGUCUUGUUGAGUGGAUAUUGAAUGUCCUUGCCAGUUUUAUUCCCCAGAGCAGCUUCAGCAUGUUCCAACAGGGUGUCUAACUAGUGAGGAUAAUAACUACCUCUGUGGGCUGGACACUUGAGGAUAAAUGUUGGGAUUUGUUUCCUGCAGGAACUCUAGUUAGAGUUUAUGGUAACAUUUUGGUGAUGUUGUCAGUGGGCUGGACCUUUCUCCUAAUUUUUCUGGUGAAGUCCAUUCUUUUGUCGCACUUUCGGUUCCACUCAUGCUAUACUAUGUCCUUGAUUAUUCUCAGCUUUUAAUUUAGUGGAACCUAUAUUGUCUUGCUAAACCAUUUCUUUAUUACGACGUCGGUUAGCUACUCCUGUGGCUUUCAGGAUGUCUUAGUCUGUCUUGUUUCCUCUCUCUUGAGCCCUGCAGCAGGAAGUUGCAUGGCCUUAAAGGCAACUACACAAACAGCUGAGACCUCAUAUGACUCUUAUAAUGAAGCACUUUCAGAGGGGGCAGUCAGACUAGCCCUGUCUUAAAAAAGCCAUGCACACGUUCAAAACUAAAUGGAUGUGUUGCAUUUGACAAGAAUAUUAUGAUGUCCUGCUGAUAAGUCAUUGGCUUAUUUAGAUGUGAAACAUAUUCAUUGCAUUUAAUGCAUUGGCUGUUUGUAUGCUGUCUUUUAAUCACAGUUAGACACCACUCUGUGUCUUUACGUAGACGUCUUCUCCUCUUUUACUCAUCACCCACUCUGAUGUUGUUUAGAAUAAAUUUAAGGUUGUCUUUCCUAUGUCUGUUGAACAAAAAAUACACGGAGGUAGCUGUACACUGAGCUUUUUUUACUAUGUGAUUUACAACAAUCUCCAAUUUAGAAUUAGUUGUUUGGAAAAGUGGUUGUUGGAAAUGGUUGUAUUUGUUGCCCUUCAUUGGCAGAAACCUGAAGGGGUAGUUCAGAGUUCAGGGAUGAUUCUUUAAGUGCUGUUGUCUGGAGAAUGUAUCAUUGGUUAUUAUCUUGUCUGCUGUAGAUGUUUCCUUUACUGACCUCAGCUUUGUUUGGGUCCAGACCAAAACUGAUUUCCGCCCAUGUUAAACAACUGCAGUCCAAAACUUUAUGGGGGUUCAACACUAUUUUCUAAGACCUUAUUUUGUUACUUACAUAGAUAUCUGUACUUAUUCACAAUAAAGGCUGUGGAAUCCCCAGUCUUAACCAAUGAAAUUCUUUUGAAAAACAAUGCGAGGAGCCUAUCUGGUUAAUAGUAAUGUGGUGUGAAAAAAUAAAUAUUAAAACUAUUACAGCCAUCUAUGGUCAAAUGGACAUUGAUCACACAUUUUUAUUGUGCUUUUCUAGUUGUACCAAUUACUCAAAGCACUUUACACUAUAAUAUUUACCCAAUCACACAGAUACAAAGAUCGGUAGGCAACUUGUUGUUAAGUGCCUUGCCCAGGGGCAUAUCAACAUGUGGAAGCUAGAAUCAAACCCACAACUGUCUGAUUGCAGGACGACUACUCUAUGCACUCAUCCACAGUCAACCACAAGUUAACACUUUAUUCAUUUUUACAUCGCUUUCACCUUUACAUUCCGUUUUGCAAAAUAGUUUUCUAUGUGUAUGGACUGCAGCCUAUUCUAGUCUUUAUUGUAAAGAGUUCUACAUUUGUAUGUAAAUGAACCUCCAUUGCAAAAGCAAGGUUAGCAUAAACUGCUGUGAAACUUUAUGGAGAUGUUUUAAAAUGAUAGAAAUCCAUACUGGUGUGGUUGAUACCGUGACUAGCCAUUAUUCUAUCUUAUCCAGGUAUUGUCAUAGUCUGUGAAUGAUUUAUCUACUGCAGGUAAGACAUUAACUAGUUAUAAAUUCUCCAUACAACCCUGCUUUUAACUGCAUUUGAAAGACAGCUCAGAGAAUCAGUCAUCGCCACAGUCGUCAUGUCAAACAUCUGUAGCUCAUACAAAAUGAGUGAAUAGAGCCAUGUUUGUUGCUGACUGGACUCAUAUUUUCAGGCAGAUGCUCACCUGGAUGAUUUGCAAAUGAUACUGGUGUGAUCUUAUGCUGUGAUAUUAGGAAACUUAAAUGCUAACCUCACUUUAGCAGACACUGAAGGCACCUCUUUGUAACUGCUAUGAAAUUGGCUAGGCCUUGCUGCUACCAAUGUUUCUCUGCUGAAAGAUUGUGUUCUGAGUCCAUCUUGUUUUAAAGCAUUCAGAGUUUUAUUUAGUUCUCCAGGUGUGGGAUUGGUUGUCCAAAAUUGCAUCCAUUUAUGUUGAUGACAAAGCUGGAAAGAGAGCCAAUGUGUAGAGUUAGCUCUGUAAGCUAACAGCUAGCGUGCUUAUAUUCAUAGCCUUGCGUUCACGUUUAAAAAACGACUACUUUAAGUCUCCUAAAGGAACAGGUAACAGGUUUACUUAUAAGUUUUAUUAUUAUAUCUCUUCAUUAAUUCCUCCUCUGCACUUUCUAAAUGUGAAGCAUGAGGUGUUUCACAUCUCACAAACGUGAUCUGCAACCAUUUUCUGUUGUGACAUUCAACUGCAUGUCUGGUUCUGUUUAGUAAAUUCUACAUGUUCUACCUUCUGAAAAAAGUCGACAUGUUUCCAAUGUUCUCCGUCUGGAGGUAGCUUAUUCUGCUGAAGUGUCCGAAAACACUCAGUAACACUGGAAGUGAAAACUGGAUCUAUUUUCUCCCAAAACACAAACUAGGACUGUCUGCGUGGUUAAAGAUGGAAUGUAUGUCUUUUCUGUCAUAUAUUCACAGAUGCUGUUCCAUUAUUGGUAAUUCUUCUAUAUCCUGUUAACAGUAUCUUACAUAGUGUAGUGCUGAUGUUGGUUGAUGUUUGUUUAAAUCUAGAAAUUAUGUGUAGAACUCUGCACAUAUUGCAAUCACUUGAACAUAAGAACAUUUAAAAAAUGGAUGCUGUUAGUUUAAAAACUAAGUGUUAUAGUGCACUGUAAAACUUCUGCAAAGCUCAGAAAAAAUGUUUUCAUGCCUCGUUUUCACACACAUUUGUGUUUUCUAUAAGGGAUAUAAGGGACGUUUGGAAUGUUUUGAAUAUCUAAAUAGUCAAUAAAGGGCAGAAUUUUAGUUAAUUAUACAAUUGCCUUUUUUCCACACCUGGUAGCAACGCUCUUUCAACAACACAUGGUGACAAUAAUGGCCCAAGGUGCCUGCCACCAUAGUGUGUUUGAAAGCAGGGUUGCUAAGUUUGUAUAUGACUGAUAAUCGUUCAGUUACCAAAAAAUUCCAACAGUGUGUUUGAUUUAAAUGCAUACAUUUUAGCAGCCAGUCCAUUCAUUUGUAUAGGAAGCCCUGCACGGUAUCAGUGUUGACAGUAUUCUUAGCUCCAUUUUUCUUGCACUGGUAUUUAAUUUUCACUGAGAGCGCAAAAGGCCUCAAACUGCUAGCUAAAAUUACAUACAUUACUUUGCUGUGCUUCAAUUGUUUAAAUUUAUCAGGAAGAAUCAUAAUGUCAUCUGAUGUCACUGACUUGAACAUGUGGAAACGAGGUGUUAGAAAACAACUCAGAGGUACUGUAUUAUGUCAACACAUAUCAGGUUAACUAUUAAUAUUUAACAGGUAGCCAGAGGGAUUCAUCAGAUGUGCAGCUGAUGUUGAAGCGAUGUAUCUACCUCAAAACAACAUCUGUGUCAUCAUUCUGUGACUGAGUGCAAGCAUCACUGAAACCCUUUAUUCCCUCCUCUUCAUCGAAUCCAUUAAUGUUUAAGCAGUAUGUGAAUGUUAGUGUCAGACCACUUUAUCUUACUUAGUGAUGUACUCAAGAGUGACUCUAAUGCAUUAUUUAGACAUGCAUUUAAUUAUGAAUUACUAGCGAGGGAGGGGAUAAUGCACAGUGUUGGCUAUUGCUGUAAAAAUCAUGUUAACUCAUUUAUUAAAUAGCACUAUUACUUAUCAUUUAAGUUGUUUUCAAUAAAUGACAUAGAUAACU